AUGCCAAGCGUGGCUGUGAGAAAUCAUAGCCAGUUCGUGCAGGACUACCAGCGACGGUUCUUGCACAAGCCAUCACCUGAUGCCAUUCUUGCGUAUGCAGUGGCAGCGCAUUUGGUGCAGGCUAUUGUGGAGGCUGAGAAUCCUGCAAUGGAUGCUGUGACAACAGUGCUGCAGAGAAUGGGGAGUGCCGGCAGCGUGGUGGCAGUGCAGCUUCAGGCGUCCAGUGAUGCGAAGGUCGUCUACCCUGCAGAGGCUACGAUUCUGGCACGACCGCUGACCAAAGCUACAAGGCUGCUUCUCAUGCCCGAGGUUAUGGCUUUGGUGGAGCUGGCUGCGUGCCAUGCCCCAAUGGCACAGUAG